AUGGGAUCUCGUCUCGUCGAAAUAGCGGGGUUUAUGGAAAUGGCGGGUAGGGCUCCAGACGAGUGCAAGGUCUGCGAGAUCAAGACGCUAGGGCUGGAGAACGAUGGCGAGGCGAAGCGACUGCUACGCGCUGUGGCUGCGCAGGUACAACCGAUCAUGCGGCGGCGGCGCUGGCGCGUCGGCGUUCUCAGCGAAUUUCGGCCGAGAAAUCCUUCUUUGCUUGGGCUCAAUGUGAAUGGAGGACGCGAGAUCAAAAUCAGGCUUCGCCGCCAUGGGCGAGACUCUGAGUUUUACGAGUAUGAUUUUGUAUUGGGAACCAUGCUUCACGAGCUCACUCACAUCGGGCGUGGGCCUCACGAUGCCAAAUUCUACAAGCUCCUCGACGAAGUCACAAAGGAAUGCGAGGAUCUCAUGGCCAAAGGAAUCACUGGCACUGGCCAAGGCUUUGAUGCUUCAGGAAAGAAGCUGAGCAACGCUUCACACAACCCGCCGGCCUCGUCGCUACGUAAGACAGCUCUUGCUGCCGCCGAGAAACGCCAGCGGCUGGGAAGCCUCUUGCCGGCGGGGCCUCAGAAACUAGGAGGAGAUAUCAGCAUGAGGAACUCUCUCAGUCCUGCUCAAGCGGCUGCUAUGGCGGCCGAGAGAAGAUUCAGAGAUGAUUUGUGGUGUGGCGCUCCUGAGACCAUUGGAGAAGACGGUGAUGGCAAAGCAAAAGACAGAGAGAACAGAGGCAACACUUUAGAAGCUGGUCCCAGUGAAGCGUGUCGCUACAAAGAAGCACCCCCGCCAUCAAAGCGAGCCAAAGUUCCCGAGUGGGAGUGUAACGUUUGCACUCUAUUAAAUCCGCCCCUUGCGCCAAUCUGCGCAGCAUGUGGAUCCACACAGCCCGAAGCGAAUUUGUCGAAGAACAAAGCGUGGGCGUGCAAGUUUUGUGCGUCGCAAAAUCCAGUAGCGAUUGAUCGCUGCGUUCUUUGCGACGAGUGGAGAUACUCCACAGGACAUUAACAGCAAUCACAGGUACUUGAAUCUACUGCAAAGAUAAUCGACUUUUAUUAAGAAGAUACUGUCAAGUAUCUCACGCACGUUUGCCUUCUCCGCGAAUUCCUAGUCGACAUUGAGCUGAGCCAGUACUCGGUGGUGAUCUUGGACGAAGCCCACGAGAGAACACUCAACACUGACAUCCUUCUCGGCUUGGUUGCCUUGAGAAAGCCCGAGCUCAAGCUGAUCGUUAUCUAGAUGGUCACAAGAUCUCCCAGUUCUUCGGUGGCUGCCUCGUUGUCAACAUUCCUGGGAAGCUCUUCCCGGUGGAAAUCAUGUAUAGUACCGAGCAGCCAGUGGAGUAGACUUUGAUAGAGAUCCACGCCAAGGAGCCUCCGGCUAAUAUCCUCGUGUUCAUGACGGGCCAGGAGAAGAUAGAGAAGGUGAUCGCCAAGCUGGAGCACAGGGUCCAGGCUUUGGAACAAGGCUCGCGAAUGGACGCGCUUGUUCUUGGAGACAUCUCUCACGGUUGACGGCGUUGGCUACGUAUCAAGAGCUUUGAUCUGGGAUGCCUGGAAGACGUUCUAGUACUGGCAGCGAUGCUUUGCAAAUCGUGCUUAGCAUUCUUGAGGCCUUGGAGUUGUUUGUGAGUUUCUCCUCUAUGGUUGUCUUGAAGCGUUUCCAAAAUCUCGUGUUUCAUUGUUUCAUUACUGGAGGUCCUCAGGGCUCUCGUAGCUUUUCAUUAUGUAAAGUUGAUUCUGGACAAGGUGGUGGUGGUGGUGUGACGGAGAUUUCAGCCUAUCCUGGACUCGUUCCCUUCUUUUGGAGCAGCCAAAUUGAUGCUCUCCAUUCUUACUUUUGUUUUUGUAAUAUCUUCCAGAUAAAUAGUCGUUUAGUGAA